CCAUAUCUAAUUAUCUAUCUUAUCACCAUUGAUCACUGUCAAUCAGGCUGCACAAAUUCUGAGAGAGAAAACAAAAACAUGGCGUUGAACGUCAGGACUCUCACCGUGACAGUGUUGAUGCUCAUGCUGGCUUCAGAGAUGCUGCUGCUGGAAGCUGAGGCAGCAGGAGAGUGCGGGAGGACUCCGAUAGGGUCCGCCGCGGCCAGCCUGACGCCGUGCCUGGCGGCGACUCGCGAUGUGAGGGCGAGGGUUUCGCCGGCUUGUUGUGCCAGAGUUAGUGCCAUGAUUAGGAUGUCUCCAAAAUGCCUCUGUGCUGUGCUGUUAUCACCCAUGGCAAGGCAGGCCAAGAUUAAUCCUGCCAUUGCUGUUACUGUUCCAAAGCGAUGCAACAUCAGGAACAGGCCCGCAGGCAAGAAAUGUGGAAGAUACACUGUUCCUUGAAGAUCAGAGAGUAACGUAAUACAGUAUUCAGAGAGGAGAUUAUAGAUAGCUCAAUAAGUACUGUCAUCUCUGCUGCGUUUUCACUUGGAGACUCAUCUCUUCAGACACUUAUAUAUAUAUAUAUAUAUAUAUAUAUUCUCUAUUGUUGAGUGGCCGUAUUAUUGUGUGUCAUGUUUGUUAUAAUAAUAAUAAUUUAAAUGGCUAUUGUUCCUUUA